CCCAGAGCAAGAUGUAUAAAAAGGGAGUCAGUCUUCCUCUACUGCAAAUAUGAAACCAGGUUGAACAAAGUGGAGAAAACCAUUGACCUCAUUCUCUGCCAAGGUGAUUGUGGGCAAAGAAAAAACAAAAGAAAAUCAACAAAGAGAAGAAAUCAGUUAAAACUGCUAUGAACUCCCUGAAUUCCACCCUCUAUCUAAAUACAACUUUUGUGCGUCCCCCAUUCUUUUUCAUCACUGGUUUUCAUAACAUGCGCCAUGCCAAAUACUGUUAUGUUUUCCUGUGCUUUGUUUUUGUGGUCUCUCUGUUGGCAAACUCCUUUGUCAUGUUUAUUAUAUACACAGAGCGCAGUUUUCACACCCCUAAGUAUUUGGCCAUUUUUAAUUUGGUCGUAGCUGGCUUAGGCGAAAGCACUGCUCUCAUUCCAAAUGUAAUUGCAUUGUUUCUUUUUGAUUCACAAUACAUCUCCUUUGACGCUUGCUUGGCCAACAUGUUUUUUGUGUUUUUAUUUGCCAGUUUACAGUCUCUCACUCUUACCCUUAUGGCCUAUGAUAGAUUGGUGGCAAUAUGCUUGCCACUGAGAUACCAUGCCGUCAUCACAAUGCAAGCGAUGGCAGUGAUAUUAACAGUGGUGUGGGCAUAUGAUUCAGUCUUACUGAUUUUAAUGGUGUCUUUGAUUACCAGGUUGUCCUUUUGUAAAUCCAUUGUGGUAAAAAGCUACUUUUGUCAACUAUAUAGUUUGGCAUGCAAUGACAAUUUUAUCAAUCAUGUGAUAUCAAGACUUAAUGUGACAUUAUUUGUUUAUAUACCCUUUAUUUUGAUUGUACUGUCUUAUAUUUUUAUUGCUGGUGCUGUGUUUAAAAUAGCUUCAUGGGAAGGGCGAUUUAAAGCCAUUAAGACUUGUUCUGCACACCUAAUGCUGGUGUCUUUACAUUACCUUCCAGUAAUAGGCACGCGCAUUAUGUCACUAACUUCAACCCUUAAAUCUGAUGCAAGUAUAAUGAUUUUGUCAAUUGUAAAGGCCAUUACCCCCAUGAUGAACCCAAUCAUUUACGUGCUGAACACAGAAGAGGUUAGGGUAUUCUCUAAAAAACUUCUAAAAAACAAAAAAAAACUGCAACAGAAAUAA